UUUAACUUUAAAAAGUUGAUUUACAAUUUAAACUAAGAAAAAGGAACCUGUUAUUAUUCUAUGAGGAAUAAAAACGGAUGUCUUCAACAUAAAGACCCCCAUAAGCAGUGGUAAAUAGUUCACUGUUAUCCACUAGGGUCACUUCAGCAGACUUUAGACAUCGUGUCGGAAGAAGUUAAAUAUCAUAUUUUGCGCGUUGAACAGUUUCCAAAUGUAUCAAAUGACAAGUACGGGCACUAUGAUCUUCGGUGGAUCCCUUCUGUUAACGCUGAUUGCUGUCGGUUCAGGGCAACCAGCAAGUGAAGUGAGAUUGGUGGGUGGUUCUCGAGCCGGUGAGGGAAGGGUUGAGGUCUUCCAUAAUGGCGAAUGGGGCACUGUCUGUGAUGACAACUGGGAUGUCAACGAUGCCCGUGUGGUUUGCAGAAUGCUUAGUUACAACCCAAGUUACUCUGUUCCCUUUUCUGGCGCUCAUUUCGGCCAAGGUACUGGUUCCAUUCUUAUGGAUAACGUUGCCUGCUCUGGGAGUGAGACUUCUAUCAAAGAUUGCAAUCACAACGGUUGGAGCUCACACAACUGUGCUCACUCUGAGGAUGCUGGUGUCAGAUGUGUCGUUGCAGUACCUGUUGAAGUGAGAUUGGUGGGUGGUGCUAGUGCCGGUGAGGGAAGGGUUGAGGUCUUCCAUAAUGGUGAAUGGGGCACUGUCUGUGAUGACAGCUGGGAUGACAACGAUGCCCGCGUGGUCUGCAGAAUGCUUGAUUACAAUCCCGGUGGUUCUGUUUCCUUUCCUGGCGCUCACUUCGGCCAAGGCACUGGCUCCAUUCUUAUGGAUGACGUCGCCUGCUCCGGGGGUGAGACUUCUAUCAAAGAUUGCGGACACAGUGGUUGGGGGACACACAACUGUGCACACUCUGAGGAUGCUGGAGUCAGAUGUGUUGGAGUGACACCUGUUGAAGUUAGAUUGGUGGGUGGUUCUCGUGCCAGUGAGGGAAGAGUAGAGGUGUUCUACAACGGUGAAUGGGGCACUGUCUGUGAUGACAGCUGGGAUGACAACGAUGCCCGCGUGGUCUGCAGAAUGCUUGGUUACAAUCCCGAUGGUUCUGUUUCCUUUUCUGGUGCUCAUUUCGGCCAAGGUACUGGCUCCAUUCUUAUGGAUGACGUCGCCUGCUCAGGGGGUGAGACCUCUAUCCAAGAUUGCGGACACAGCGGUUGGAGGAAUCACAACUGUGCUCACUCUGAGGAUGCUGGGGUUAGAUGUGUUGCAGCGACAUCUGUUGAAGUUAGAUUGAUGGGUGGUUCUCGUGCAAGUGAGGGCAGAGUUGAGGUGUUCUACAACGGUGAAUGGGGCACUGUCUGUGAUGACAGCUGGGAUGACAACGACGCCCGCGUGGUCUGCAGAAUGCUUGGUUACGAUCCUGAUGGUUCUGUUUCCUUUUCUGGCGCUCAUUUCGGCCAAGGUACCGGCUCCAUUCUUAUGGAUGAUGUCGCCUGCUCCGGGAGUGAGUCCUCUAUCCAAGAUUGCGGACACAGUGGUUGGGGGACACACAACUGUGCUCACCAUGAGGAUGCUGGAGUCAGAUGUGUUGAGGCAACACCUGUUGAAGUUAGAUUGGUGGGUGGUACUCGUGCCAGUGAGGGAAGAGUUGAGGUGUUCCAUAAUGGUGAAUGGGGCACUGUCUGUGAUGACGGCUGGGAUGACAACGAUGCCCGUGUGGUCUGCAGAAUGCUUGGUUUCAAUCUCGAUGGUUCUGCUUCCUUUUCUGGCGCUCAUUUCGGUCAAGGUACCGGCUCCAUUCUUAUGGAUGAUGUCGCCUGCUCCGGGAGUGAGUCCUCUAUCCAAGAUUGCGGACACAGUGGUUGGGGGACACACAACUGUGCUCACUCUGAGGAUGCUGGAGUUAGAUGUGUUGUAGCGACACCUGUUGAAGUGAGAUUGGUGGGUGGCUCUCGUGCCGGUGAGGGAAGGGUUGAGGUCUUCCAUAAUGGCGAAUGGGGCACUGUCUGUGAUGACAGCUGGGAUGUCAACGAUGCCCGUGUGAUCUGCAGAAUGCUUGAUUAUAAUCCCGAUGGUUCUGUUUCCUUUUCGCGUGCUCAUUUCGGCCAAGGUACUGGUUCCAUUCUUAUGGAUGACGUCGCCUGCUCCGGGAAUGAGUCCUCUAUCAAAGAUUGCAGACACAGUGGUUGGGGGACACACAACUGUGCUCACUCUGAGGAUGCUGGAGUCAGAUGUGUUGGAGCAACAUCUGUUGAAGUGAGAUUGGUGGGUGGUUCUCAUGCUGGUGAGGGGAGAGUUGAGGUGUACCAUAAUGGUGAAUGGGGCACUGUCUGUGAUGACGGCUGGGAUGUCAACGAUGCUCGUGUGGUUUGCAGAAUGCUUGGUUAUAAUCCCGAAGGUUCUGCUUCCUUUUCUGGCGCUCAUUUCGGCCAAGGCACUGGCUCCAUUCUUAUGGAUGACGUCGCCUGCUCCGGGAGUGAGACCUCUAUCCAAGAUUGCGGACACAGUGGUUGGAGGAAUCACAACUGUGCUCACUCUGAGGAUGCUGGAGUCAGAUGUGUUGGAGCGACAUCUGUUGAAGUGAGAUUGGUGGGUGGCUUUCAUGCCGGUGAGGGAAGAGUUGAGGUCUUCCAUAAUGGCAUAUGGGGCACUGUCUGUGAUCGUGGCUGGGAUAACAACGAUGCUCGCGUGGUCUGCAGAAUGCUUGGUUACCACACCCAGGGCCCAGGUACCUAUGCUAUUACUCAUUUCGGUCAAGGUACUGGUUCCAUCCUUUUGGAUAACGUCGCCUGCUCUGGGAACGAAGCCUCUAUCAAAGAUUGUAGACACAGAGGUUGGAUGACAAAUAACUGUUAUCACUAUGAGGAUGCUGGUGUCAGAUGUGUUACAGAUGGCAGAUUUGAAGUGAGAUUGGUUGGUGGUUCUCAUGCUGGUGAGGGGAGAGUUGAAGUUUUCCAUAACGGCAAAUGGGGCACUGUCUGUGAUCGUGGCUGGGAUAACAACGAUGCUCGUGUGGUCUGCAGAAUGCUUGGUUACAACCCUAUGGAUUCCAUUUCCUUUUCCGGCGCUCAUUUUGGUCAAGGUUCUGGUACCAUUCUUAUGGAUAACGUCGCAUGCUCUGGGAACGAAGCAUCUAUCCAAGAUUGCGGACACAGAGGUUGGAGGUCACACAAUUGUCGUCACUCUGAGGAUGCUGGUGUCAGAUGUGUAUCCACAGUACAUGUUGGAGUGAGAUUGAUUGGUGGUUCUCGUGCUGGUGAGGGAAGAGUUGAGGUGUUCCAUGAUGGUGAAUGGGGCACUGUCUGUGAUGACGGCUGGGACUAUAAUGAUGCUCGUGUGAUCUGCAGAAUGCUUGGUUACAACCCCCAAGGCUCUGUUUCCUUUUCCUAUGCUCGUUUCGGUCAAGGUACUGGUUCUAUUCUUAUGGAUGACGUCGACUGCUCUGGGAACGAGGCCUCUAUCCAAUAUUGCAGACACAGUGGUUGGAGGACACACAGCUGCGAUCACUCUGAGGAUGCUGGUGUCAGAUGUGUUUCUACAGUACCUGUUGAAGUAAGAUUAGUGGGUGGUACUCGUGCCAGUGAGGGAAGAGUUGAGGUGUUCCUUAAUGGCGAAUGGGGCACUGUCUGUGAUGACGACUGGGAUGACAACGAUGCUGCUGUGGUUUGCAGAAUGCUUGGCUACAAUCCCGUUUAUUCCGUAUCCUUUUCCGGCGCUUAUUUCGGCCAAGGCACUGGUUCCAUUCUUAUGGAUAAUGUCGCCUGCGGUGGAAGUGAGGCCUCUAUUCAACACUGCGGACAUGUAGGUUGGAGGACACACAAUUGUGCUCACUCUGAAGAUGCUGGUGUCAGGUGUGUCGCUGCAGUGCAUGUUGAAGUGAGAUUGAUGGGUGGCUUUCGUGCCGGUGAGGGAAGAGUUGAGGUGUACCAUAAUGGCGAAUGGGGCACUGUCUGUGAUGACGACUGGGAUGACAA